CAACAAUCAAAAAAAAAACAAAAAAAGAGGCUUCUUUACUUCAGCAUACAUCAAAUUUGAUCGAAUUAUCUAAAUAGAAAUGAAUGUAAACUUCUAGAAAUCCUCUUAACAACAAUUAAUUAUGUCAUCUUGUGAACAUCUAUCAAUGGAUAAUCAUCAUUAUAAUCAUAAUCCUAAUGAACUAUAUACAUUAGAGGUACAAUCUAUUGAAAUAGUUGAUAAACUUUCAAAUCAUAUAACAGAAGAAAAAUUAAUUAAACGAGAUUAUUGGAAAGGAAAAAUUGAUUUCCUUAUUGCAUGUUUAGGAUUUUCAAUUGGACUUGGUAAUGUAUGGAGAUUUCCAUAUUUAUGUUAUAAAAAUGGUGGCGUGACUACCUCUAUGAAUCUGGUGUUCAUCUUGUUGUUCUAAUGAGGUAUGGCAACUUGAACCGAUGCAUAUCUGUGCAAAUCUGUGAGGAUGUUAUGUCCCGACAAGAAUGAUGAAUGGUAAUUUUGGGAUCUAUUAAUGGACCAAUACUAAACGCAUAUUUCUAUUGUAUAAUUAUUAGGUGCUUUCCUUAUCCCUUAUUUCAUCAGUGUAUUCUUAGCUGGUAUACCAUUAUUUCUAUUAGAAGUAACUGUUGGACAAUUAACACGUCGUGGAGUUAUUGCUGCAUGGAAUAUCUGUCCAUUGUUUCAAGGCACCAAACAUUUCACUUUCCACUGAUGAUACAUACUAC